UGACCGCACAAUGGCUUCCAUCGUUCGCGAGGCCCACGUCCUCGCGUGCGCGCCCGCGAUGCUGCGCGAGGUGCCGUUGCCGCCGGACGAGGACGCUGGACAGGAGUGGAGCUCGCUGGUCUGGGGGAGCCCGGCCCUGCUGGAUGGGGAGGCAGAGCUUUUGUGCGCGCCAAUGUCCGAGCAGGAGGACGAGGCAGGAUGGAGUGAGGUGUUUGAGGCGCCGGAUAUCGACCCCGGGCCAGCACCAGUUCCAGUGCUGUGCAAUGAGAUAGCUGUGCUCGAGCUCGAUCAGGCCAAGCUCCGACAGCGGCUGCAGGUGCUGCAGGCACAGCACGCAUCGGCCAUGCGAGAGCACGCGAGGGUCAAGGCGGAGCACGCGAAGGAGAAGGCCCUCCUCUGCAACGAACUCCGGGUGCUGGCCGAGUACGCCUUCGCCAGCCAGCCAUCCGCGUCGCCGAGCAGAGCGGCCACGCGCUACCAGUCGCGUCCGCAAUGCCCCAGCAACAAGCCCGACUCGGAGGAGAUGGGCUGCCGGCGGCAGGCGCAGGGGACGCUGAGGGCAGGCGGGGCGAGGCUGUACGUUACUACCUCGCCGCCGGCGGGAGGGUUCUGUGAUACAUUUGUCUGUUUCCAGAUGUGGUCCUGCGUGCGCACGUUGUCGCCCUGCUAAACGCAGUUGCCAGGUGUCUCUGAAAGGCCGCAUCUCAUUUUGUACGGGAAAUGUCGUUUCUUUACGGGC